AUGCAACUCCCUUCUCUACUCCUCCUAGCCAGCCUGGCCAGCCUCGGAUCCGCUAGAUGGACAAUCGAUUACUACAGCAGUACCGACUGCUCCGGAGAUAGCCAGGAGACCUAUUCUCCAGCCAACACCGAGGACUGCACACCUCUUGACCCUGGUGCAUCAAUCAAAAUCUCCAAUGACGAUGAGGACCUCUCGUUCCAGUUAUUCCGUGAUGGAGAUAUGCAAUGCGCUAGCGAUGAUCCGGAUAUCACAUACAGUUCUGCUGAUGGAAAGUGUCAGUCUUUGGAUGACCUUAUUAGCUACAGAAUUGUGCGAGAAUAA